AUGUCGGCCGGUGAGGUGGAGCGGUUGGGGUCGGAGCUGAGCGGAACAGGACCAGGAGGAGGAGGAGGAGGAGCAGGAGGAGGAGGAGGGGGCACCGGCACUGGCACCGGCACUGGCACCGGAGCGGGCAACGGCGAUGAGGAGGAAGAGUGGCUCUACGGCGAUGAAAAUGAAGUUGAAAGACCAGAGGAAGAAAAUGCCAGUGCUAAUCCACCCCCUGGAAUUGAAGAGGAAACUGCAGAAAAUGGCAUAUCAAAAACGAAGGUGACAGAGACCGAAGAUGACAGUGACAGUGACAGCGAUGAUGAUGAGGACGACGUUCACGUCACCAUCGGAGACAUUAAAACUGGAGCCCCGCAGUAUGGGAGCUAUGGGACAGCACCUGUAAAUCUCAAUAUCAAGGCUGGGGGGCGAGUUUAUGGAGCUGCUGGAACAAAAGUCAAAGGAGUAGACCUCGAUGCACCCGGGAGCAUUAACGGAGUUCCACUGUUGGAGGUAGAUUUGGAUUCUUUUGAGGAUAAACCAUGGCGAAAACCCGGUGCCGAUCUUUCUGAUUAUUUUAAUUAUGGGUUUAACGAGGACACCUGGAAAGCUUAUUGUGAAAAACAAAAGAGGAUUCGAAUGGGACUUGAAGUCAUACCGGUUACCUCAACUACGAAUAAAAUAACGGCCGAAGACUAUACUAUGGAAGUUACACCAGGUGCAGAGAUCCAAGAUGGCAGAUACAAUCUUUUUAAGGUUCAGCAGGGCAGAACUGGAAAUGCAGAGAAGGAAGCAGUACUGCAGGCUGCCAAAGCUGAGUUUACAUCUCCUCCCUCCCUAUUCAAAACAGGACUCCCACCAAGCAGGAGGUUAUCUGGGACAAUAGAUGUGAUUGGUCAGACGAUAACUAUCAGCAGAGUGGAAGGAAGAAGACGUGCAAAUGAAAACAGCAACAUACAGGUCCUCUCUGAACGAUCUGCUGCUGAAGUAGACAACAAUUUUAGCAAACCACCUCCAUUUUUCCCCCCUGGAGCUCCUCCCACUCACCUGCCACCACCUCCAUUCCUUCCCCCUCCUCCAACUGUCAGCACUGCUCCACCUCUGAUUCCCCCUCCAGGUUUUCCUCCACCCCCAGGAGCGCCACCUCCGUCUCUUAUACCGACAAUAGAAAGGGUGGCCCACCGGAGGCCACGCCCUCCCCCCCCUUCCUCCUGGGAAGCCCUUAGUCUCUUCUCCCCGGAAGGGCCCAGUCGAAGCUUCAGCGGACACUCCUCCGGUUACGAUAGUCGUUCUGCCCGUGCGUUUCCGUAUGCCAAUGUCGCCUUUCCUCACCUCCCUGGAUCCGCCCCUUCGUGGCCCAGUCUGGUGGACACCACCAAGCAGUGGGACUACUAUGCAAGGAGAGAGAAGGACCGGGAGCGGGAGCGGGAGCGGGACCGCGAGAGAGACCGGGAUCGGGACCGGGACCGAGAGCGCACCCGAGAGCGAGAGCGGGAGAGGGACCACAGCCCAACGCCGAGCGUCUUCAACAGCGAUGAGGAGCGGUACCGAUACCGGGAAUACGCGGAGCGGGGCUACGAGCGGCACCGAGCCAGCAGGGAGAAGGAAGAGCGGCACAGAGAGAGGCGGCACCGGGAGAAAGAAGAAACCCGGCACAAGUCCUCGCGGAGCAACAGCAGAAGGCGGCACGAGAGCGAAGAAGGGGACAGUCACAGGAGGCACAAACACAAAAAGUCGAAACGCAGCAAAGAAGGGAAGGAGGCCGGCAGCGAGCCCGCCCCCGAGCAGGAGAACGCGGCAGCGCCCAGCGCCGAGUAAGGCAGGUGCGGCCGGCCCGGUGCCAGCAGAGCGAGCGCUAGAAAUCGGGUUAUUUUUCUGGAGGGGGUGCGAGGAAUUUGCUCUUAAUCUUGUUCUGUUAGUCCGAGGGGAGGAGGUUCAUUUGUUUUUUGAAAAUAAAAGGGUGAAUUUUUCAUGUUAA